GAAUCACAGAAAAUCAUCGCUACUCCUAAAUAAUGGAUAUUGGCUUACUUAAUUGUAAAGGAAAAUAUUUCCGUUGGGAUGAUGAUGCUGUCAAACUUUUGCUUUUGUUUUUAAUAGUUCGAAAAGAUGCAGUAAGACAUUUAGGCUCAAAUAGGGGCAAUAUAAAGCCAAAGCUAUGGUCUGAAGCGUCAGAUGUGCUUCUCAACAGUGGUCACCACUACUCUCCACGACAGUGUAGUGUUAAAUGGAACAAUAUAAAAGCAAAAUUUAAGGAUGAUAUGGUCAAAUCUUGUAAUAAUCCAAUUCAAGUACGAUAUAAAACAGAAAUAGAGGAAAUACUUGGUCGUUCACACUAUUAUUCCGGGAUUAAUAAAUAUCGCCGUUGGGAUGAUGGUGCUAUCAAACUUUUGUUUUUGUUUUUAAUAGAUCGAAAAGAUGCAGUAAGACUUUUAAGCACAAAUAGGGGCGAUAUAAAGUUAAAGUUAUGGUCUGAAGCGUCAGAUAUGCUUCUCAGCAGUGGUCACCACUACUCUCCACAAGAGUGUAUGAUUAAAUGGAAAAAUAUAAAAAAAAAUUAUAAGGUAAAACGUGGUUUAAUAAUUUUAAUUUUUAUUUUUUUUUAAUAAAAAGUAUUUUGUUAGGAUGAUA